AUGUCUCCCAUCACCAAGUCCGACGAGGCCCUCUACGCCGAGGCCGCCGCCGAGUGGCAAGCCGAGCAUGACGCCGGCGUCGAGCACCUCUGCUCCCUGGGCGAAAAGCUGAUGACCGAAGCCGGCGGCCAGAAGCCCGAGCCGUCCGUCGACGUCGUCGCAACCUGCCCGGUGCUCCAGUCCAUCGACUUCGCCGCCAUGCGCACCGCCGACAUCCUCAAGGCCUACGUCGUCGCCGGCAUCGUUCCGGUCCACCCGCAGACCGUCGCGGACUUCGGCUUCGACCGCACCGUCACCCAGGCGGACCAGUUCCAGCUGCUCGACGUGUACCGCCACCUCAUGGUCACCACCCUCAACGUCCCGUCGGCCGACGUCCAUGCCUGGGUUGGAGAGUCGAAGGAGGUCCUGCUCAAGAAUGUGCAGGCCAAGCUCCGCGCAGCGCUGGAGGCAGGUGCGACUGCCCCCGAGGAGAUGAAUCGUCUCAAGGAUACUUUCCGCUGGCUCACCCGCAACCGCUACAUCUGGGACGCCUCCUAUGCGCACUCGGAGACGCGCGCCUAUAUGGACGCUGCGGCGGCGAAGCCGAUGAACACCAAGGCCGACAUGCUCGAGCAGGUCAAGCUGAUGGCGGAGGGCAUGGCCAAGGUCGCGAUGGGCAAGGAGGCGCGCGAGCGGCGCGGCGAGGUGGGCGUCGCCGCGGACGACAGCGCCGAGACCAGCGUCCAUCGCAUGAAGGGACCGGGCGGGCGCACCUUCCUGCCCGUCAUGUUCUGCCCGGGCAUGGACCUGAAGGGGUUCGCGGAGGAGAUCAAGACGCAGCAGGUUGCGGGGAUGGUUGCGCGCAAGAAGGCUGCGAUGGAGCAGGAGAAGUAG